AUGGGCGCUCACUGGCUUCUGCAAAAGCUAGAAUAUGCCCAUUCAGUAUACAUUGACCCAAUUGCGGCUUUAGCAAAGCUUCAUCAAGAGCCUAACCGUCACACCCCAGGGAGCAACUAUACAAACUCUUUUUUCGAGCAGCAAUGGUGUGAUGAACAAGCGUACCAUGUUACAACUAACCAGUCAUCUGAACGAGCACAGGUUGAACUUGGACGUCUGUUAUGUAUGGAAGAAGAAUUGAAUGACGCCUGGUCUGCUAUUGCGAUGACGCCAGAGCAAGCGCUGACACGCGCACGCAGUUGUGCCACCGUCGCCAGGAAGCUAGAAGCACAAAGGAGACUGGCCCCCCCAAACAGUGAGAAUAGCAACUUGACUGCAUCCGAUCAAGACAAGUUGAGCAAGGUCUGGUUUGCUAAGACCGAGCUGCAACAGAGCUUCUUAGCACUUGUGGAAGAGAAGCAACCCUUGCUUUGUGUAUGUCGUGCAGGUGAAGCAACCACCCUUGGGACCUGA